UUCAGAUACCUGAUUCCCACGCCCCAGUCAUUCCCAACCUGUCCUUAAACAGACAGUUUCCAAUUUGCACAGAGAGAAAGAGAGAGAGAGAGAGCUAUGAGCUGCUCUGUGAGGCUUUCCCACAGAAGUCAAUCAUUGCAUGUAGGCGAAGUGGGUGUGGAAGACCUUCCAUCUGCCUCAAUCAGUCCAGAUCUGAGUUGGGAUCCACUCUGUUGGCAUUCUUUGUCUCUGCACACAGUCAAAGUGUCUACUGCUCUGUGCCAGAGCUGUGGAGGAGAGAGAGAGACAGUGAGAGUGAGGGAGAGCUCACACAACAGCACAAGUUUAAAGGGACAUUCAAGACACCCUCCUCUGCUGCCCCCCAUCACACACACACAUCACCCCCUCAAUCAGUGGAUGGGGGUGUGGGUGGGGAGACAGAGUUUACUGCAAGAAGUUAAAGGGGUUGGUUACACAUGGAUACUGUUCAAUUGGACGAUUUCCUGGCUGGAUGGAUAGGAGGAGCAGCAAGUGUGAUUGUUGGCCACCCACUUGAUACAGUCAAGGCUCGCUUGCAGGCUGGGGAAGGGUACAAAAACACAUUGCAAUGUGUGCUGAGGAUAUUUAAGAAUGAACACGCUGUGGGCUUCUUCAAAGGGCUGUCCUUCCCUCUGGCCUCCGUGGCCUUGUACAACUCGCUGGCUCUCGGUGUGUUCAGCAACACGCAGAGGCUCAUCUGUCAGUAUCGCUACGGCGAGUGUCGCCAGACCCCGUCUCUGGCUGAUCUGACGGCUGCCAGCGCCGUGGUGGGACUUGUCACCGUGACGAUCGGAGCCCCUGUCGAUCUGGUGAAGAUCCGGCUACAGAUGCAGACGCAACCUGUUUCCACAGCUAAACUAAAUUUGGUGGGCACUGGUUCCAUUCGCUCAAUUGCCAUGCCUGAUCAGGCUGUUUACAGGGGCCCUGUACACUGCAUUAGCAGCAUCCUGCGGAACGAAGGGAUUCCCGGGAUGUACCGAGGAGUUGGAGCUAUGGUCCUCAGGGAUGUUCCAGGAUAUUGUUUAUACUUUGUUCCGUACAUGUUGCUGUGUAACUGGAUGACAGCUGAGGGGAGCAGCACUCCCAGUGCUUGCUCUGUGUGGCUGGCUGGUGGUGUAGCAGGAACGAUUUCAUGGGGAACCUCAACUCCAAUGGAUGUCAUCAAAAGUCGUCUUCAAGCCGAUGGUGUCUUGGAGACCAAAUAUAAAGGGGUAUUACAUUGUAUCCGCCAAAGUUAUCACAAGGAAGGAUUGAGAGUAUUUUUUAGAGGAACGACUGUGAAUGCUAUUCGUGGAUUCCCCAUGAGUGCAGCUAUGUUCCUGGGAUACGAACUCUCUCUGAAAGCAAUACGGGGACAACAAACAGAACCAGAACCCAACACUUGACUACUGACAUUUGUCAGACGUGUGGUCGAUUGUAACACUGCGCUCCUGUCAAUAGCUGAUCAGACUUUUCAAAACACAAAUCGAGACUUCAGUUCACUAGGGUCUGAUGUUAAUCUGCAAACUUGAGAUGAGAAAUGUACGUUUGCUGAGAUGACCAAAGACUGAGCUGUAUUGCAAAGGUUAUCAGCAAUAUUUCCAAAGGACACAAAACAGCAGAUAUCCAACCACUCUGAAAGGUUGUCAACAAACUGAGACAGUGAUUCUUUUGCACAAUUAAUCCACAAACAAUGAAUAUCUUGGGGGGUACGAUUGAUUUGAAAUGCUAAAAGUGUUAAUCUGUGUGUGUGUAUAUAAUGUAUUGAGCAGUUCUGAUUGUAACACUAUUAACAUAUUGAUUUAUAUUUCGAAUAGCACUUUGGUAUUUGUUAAGUGGCAAAAGCAACUUUUUUUUUAACUGCAAGCAUUGUUAAUGAUUGUUGCAUUUGAUAUAGGCUUCAUAGAAGAGGGAGGUAGUUAGUUGUAUGUGAGAGAGAAAUUGUGGGGCUUAUUACAGGUUGUUUGAAUGGGAAAAUUUGGACUAAUGCACGUUGUGGGCUUAAAGUGGGCCAGACUGAUCUUCUAUUGCAUUCCAGCUGUUACCUCACCAAGCACUUUCUACCUCCUUGUAUCUGUUCAAUCUGCUUCCGUGUCAUGGUCCAACAUCUCCCAAAUGCUGGCCACAGAUAGGACCCACUACACAGUCCUGUCCGUGGCCAGCUCUUGCUCUGUCUGUUCCUUACUAACCAGGUUAAACUAAUGUGAUUAUUCUUUGCACUUACAUGACUAUGAAAUCUUGGGAACCGAGUAGAAAGAUCUUGCCCACAAAAUAUACAGUCAAUUCACUUUACAGUAUAUCCCGUGAAGCGCUUUGAGACAUCUCGAAGAUGUGAUAAGGCUCUGUAUCAAAUGCAAGGAUUAUUAUUAAAUACUGUUUAGCCCCAAGAGGCUGUACAGAAGAGAGCGAUGAGGAUGAUCUGCAGUGUUAGAGGAAUAAGUUAUGACCAAUGAUUAAACAAGCUCGGGCUCUUCAGUCUUGCGAGACUCAAGAGGGGACCUCAUAGAGGUGUAUAACCGGCACUGGCACGAUGGGCCAAAUGGCCUCCUUCUGUGCUGUAAGAUUCUAUGACGCCACUUUAAAUGGGAUUGAAAAAUUAAUCUCAGAUCGAUAUUUUAGGAUGCAGCAAGACAGUAGAACAAGACAACAUAGAGUCGUAAAGCGUGAUUCAGGAACGAUUCCAGGGAUCGUUUCUUGGAAGCCAAUGAAUGACUGAAACAGGAUGGCAGGAAAGGGUGGUUGAGGCCAGAACUCUGGACUCAUUAUAUUAAAAUUAAAUUAUAUUAAAAAAUUAUUAAAAAAAGCUUAAGACUGUGCUGGACGGAUACGAUCGGAUGGGCCAAAGUACCCUCUUCAUCCAAGCCAAUCUUAUGAUCUUGUGAGGACAGAACUAUUUAUCAGUUGACUGUUAGAACAGACUGGAGUGACAUUGCAAAGUGGGGGGACAUCUUUUUGGAUGCAAACAGCACUUAUGUUUGCAUCACAUCAGGCAAUUCUGUCCAGAUCGUGGACCUUGUUAUUUUGCUAUUCCUGCAGGAUUUGGCAAUGAACGUUUUAUUAUAAUUCAUCAUUUAAUUUAAUUUAAUUAAUCUAAUGUUAACAUUAGGCAAUUUGAUAAACAUUAGUUUGGUUCACGGUUCAUAUUUUCGCCCACAAAACACACAGUCAAUUCACUUUACAGUGUGUCCUGUGAAGUGCUUUGAGAUAUCUCGAAUGCAAAUAUCAAAUGCAGGUGUUAUGGUGCUGAUCAUUAAACGCUGAUGAUUUGAAAGAUAACAUUUUGCAUAUGAUUUAAUGGUACAGAACAUUUGUUUCUCAGUUUCCAAGGAAAUGUUCCUUUCGUAUCUUUUGAACUCAGGUGAUUAAGUCAAUUUGUUGAUUGUCAGUGUUUGUGUUGUGUUAUAAUUUCUAAUCGAUUUGGAAGAGUGAUUUUCAGAAUUUUAUUCUGUUUGGCAAAACAAAAGGGUAACGACCCUUCUUAAUAUAUUUAAUACUGAUUUAAUACUGCCCACCGUAGGUUGGGCAAAGAAAGAGGAGAGUACGAGACAAUGUGAAUGGGUGGAAGUGGAUGGAAACAGAGCAGUAAGCAGAAUGAAAAGAUGAUGCCCCUCGGCCUUGAGAAGGAAAUAAGGACAAAAGGCAUAAUACUGCAGAUGCAAAUCUGAAAUUUAAGCACAGAAGUCGCUGGGAACACUCAGCAGCUCAGGCAGCAUCUAUGGAGAGAGGAAAGUGAGUAAAUGUUUCAGUUCGAUGACCUUUCAUCAGAACUGGGGAAAUAAGCACAGCCAGAUACCCAUUCAUUGUUUCUUAGGAGAAAUUGACCGAUGAAACUACAUCACUCACGUUAUCUGACAAAAUAUGGCAAUAUGGAGAAAGGAUUUGAGCGCACCCACCCAAAGUACAAUUCUCAUAACUAAGCAUUAGCUCGGGCCUGCCUAGUGUUGGAAAAGAGUGGAAUCAGAAUCAGUUUGUUAGAUUUGGCAUCGGCAUUUUAGGUGCAUACGUAUGUAACACAGAUUACGUACUAUAUUUUCUGCUGAGGUGCUGUAUUAAUGUACACACCUCAGCAGAAAAUAGAGCGCAACUGGAGUCUGGAAUGGAGCAAAGUAACUCUAGGGCUUUUUGUAAAUGUCUUGGACCUAAUUGGACUUCCAUCUAUUUUUAGGUAAAUGAUUGCCUGUCACUUGUUAAAUCUUAAUGGAGGAUUAAUGGGUCCAACCUUCCUGAUGGGAUAACCUGAUGGAAUGAACUAUGGAUUCUGUUCAAAUCGUCCCGGGAUUUUAUGUUGAUUCUGAUUCAACUUUUCUAUGUUUAAUGCCUGCUGUCUUUUUUUGGCAAACUGUGACGUCCUCUCCUCUGGGUUGCAGAACCAAAAGUGGUGGCUUACAUGUUUGAGUAUCAAAACACACUGCAGUAAGCCAAUGUCGGGGCAAGAGAGUUCUUCCACGGGCAAACCUCUAUUCACAAUUUCGGGAGACUGCAGGCAUUGUCGGGCAGGUUAUCUUUGCUGGGGAAUGGUAUCAAACCGUAUCUUACAUUAUUAUCUGGGCUUUGUACAGUAUAGCAUACAUUGUGGUUGCUUUGUGUCUUAUCUUUUGGCAUGUUAACAUGGCUCAUAAAGUUUAUCGCUCCAUUUUCCUGUCAUGUACUUUAGCUUCUACUGAUUGGUUUCUCAGAAUUUUGAUACAUGCAUAGUAAAUUGUAAUGUCCGGUAAUAAAAUCUUCAAAAUGCAAAA